GACCCGGAAUGCUUCUCUUCGUGGAGUGAGAUAAAAGCGGCCUCGCAGCUCCACCGCUACAUCGCACCGACGAAAACUCACAAUGCUCUUUCGCUCUCUCUCUGUAAUUCUCCUUGCCGCUCUUGCUCUCGCCAACCCUCUUGUUGGUCGUAGCGAAGUCACUGCACUCCAAAAGGCUUUUACUGGCUUAACCAAUACGUUCUCUGCCGUACGUGACGCUUGCAGCGUUUUCGCUACGAACGUCGAUAAUGCCCACGCGGAGGACAUUUUCAGCCUCAUGGGAACUCUGGACUCGCUGCUCAUAAACGCGUCCAAAGUUGUACCGGAUGUCUUGGACGGAGAGUGGAUCUGUGAUGGGUACAGGAGUAGCUUGAGCCUGGAUCAUCAGGUGGCAGAUGCAUUCAUGGCCCGGAAGGAUGAUUUCCAGACCGUCGGCUUGGUGAAUGACACUUGCCUCAUUUUUCAGGAAACUAUGGCGGAUACUAGCUUAUUGGAGGGGAAGCUCUUGAAUGCGACUCCGGAUUCAUGGAAGGCGUGUGUUCAGAGAUAUCAAGGAAUCUCUCGAAAUAUUUCCUCUGCUGUCCUGAAAGCGUACAGUUGCGGUAGUCAGGAGUAGAGGCUUAUUUAAGAUGGGUUCGAGGACUUAUUUCCAUAAGAGGCGCAUGCGAACGGGUACGGGGUACUCUGGAACGGCAAAACACUGACGCUUCUUCUAUACAAAUGAAUACAUCG